CUUCGAGUAGGCUGUUGUGAGCCUGGUUGCCCUGUGACAAAUUACAUUUCCAUGCGGUACACUAUAAUAAGCAUAUAUGAAGUACCUACACCAGCGAGUGCAAUAUGGCUUCCACAAGUUGCUGCAAGUGUAUGAUCGGUCCUUCGAUUCUCAACGCUGAUCUGUCCUGCUUAGCCGAAGAAUGCAACAAACUGCUUGAGUGCGGAGCAGACUACUUGCAUCUGGAUGUAAUGGAUGGGUAAGAACUAAUGUAAUGAGAAAAAAAAAAUACAUUCUCCCGCGGUCGUUUUUGAUAGUUAAAAACUUAUUUUUAUAUUAUUUUUAAAAAGCGUAUUUAACAUUGUAUAAAAGCUUAUAAGGUCAUAUUUCUACAGCCAUUUUGUACCAAAUUUGACGUUUGGGGCGCCAUUAGUCAAGUGCUUAAGGAAAAAAGUGCCAAAUGCCUUUUUCGGUGAGUAAGGAAAAUAAUCUUACUUAUUUUAGCCUAAGGUCGCUGGGCAUGAUUGUACCGGAAGUGGUGGAGGCGGGGGUGGGAAGAUUAGGAGUGAAGGUGUGGGAUCGGUGAAGAUUCAAUUUUUUACAAGAUAUAUAUUUUUUGCUUCUUUCGCUAUUUCCAAUGUAAAAUAUUGCUAAGUAUUUUUUUUGUUUUGAGAAUUAUUUGUAUUUGUCUUGUGUUUUCCCUGUUCAGAUAUGCAUAUGAUGGUGGCAAAUCCUGAAAAGGUAAUCAGUUUCAACUAAUGAAUUACUUAUAAAUGAACCAUUCCUUUCAGAACCCAGUGAUUUAAACACUAGCCUGUACACAGCCGUUAUUUUAUUUUUCUUUUCGUUCUUUUCAAACUUCUUCCCCUACCCCUACCCCCUUGCGCUGGCGGUCAAUAAACCCCCCGCACUUUUUUUUUUAAUCACGUGUGCUCAGCAACAACUGCAGUGUAUAAUAUUGAAAGGAUUAAUAUUGAUAAUAAUUGUUCUUUUUGCUCCUGGUUGCUUUCAAGUGGGUUGAUGACAUGGCUGAUGCAGGUGCAGACCAAUACACUUUUCAUAUUGAAGCGACAGGUAUAAAAAACAUAAUAAUAAAUAAUGAUUUAGAGGUAGCACAUCCAUGUUACAGUUAGUGGUUCUUCAUCUACCUGAUUCCUGAUUGAAAUGGAAUUUGCAAAUGUUGGUUUUUGAUGAGAGGGCGGGAAACUGGAGUUCCCAGAAAAAAAAACCUGCGGACAGGGUAAUGUCACUAAGAUUUCAAGUUGCAGGGUAAAUACAACAAGUAGGUGGGGAAUCAAUCAGCUUGGGUUUUCUUUUGGUUCUAUUCUUCUCUUAUUUUCCUUUGAAAGUAGCCAGGGGCCACGUUCAUAGUAGCUGGGGGAAAUCCCCAGCCUCUGCCUCUUACUGACAGCCUUGUGUGGAGCAAAGGAGAAAACCAACAACAAAAUCAACCCACAUAUGGCGUUGACACGGGAUUUCAACCUAGUGGGCCAUGUUGGUAGGAGGCAAAGUGCUCUCACCACUGCACUGCCAUUGCUUAAUAUGUUCAACCAUAUAGAAUCAUUAAUUGAUUAAUUAAUUAAUCAAUUAAUAGUAAAUUAGGUUUAUUCUUUUGUUUACUGAAAUAAUGUUAAGUAACAGUUUCUUGGCUUUGACAAACAAAAUUUCACAGAAUAAUAAUUAAUUAAUUUGAUACUUAUUACUCAGAUCCAUGUAAGGACAUACAUGUAAGCUUCGUCUCAUGUAUGAUGACAUGCAAUGUUGAUAUCCAGAUAAUUGCAGUAAUAAUUUUAAUGGUAUAGUAUAUAAUUUCUGUGAAGGUAAAAUCUGUUUUCAGUUUAAGCCAGAAUUUUGGUCGUGUUUUGUGAAUAAUUAUUAGGGCUAGAAAACAAAGGAAAUGGUAAAUUAAACUAGAUUGAAUUCAGGUUUAAUUUGAGAAUAGAUUGAUUAGGGUGCAAAGAAAGCCAAGGCCAAGACCUGUUUGGAUAAUGUAAUGACUAGACUAAGCUUUGCCUAUAAUUUUCACUGUCACAAAAAACCUUUGCAUUUAAUGUUGUAAUAUUAUGAGCAAUGUACAACAAAAUGUACUCUUGCUUUACAGUUCAUUGUUUUUACUCCAAUCAGACAGGCCUCUAGAGCUGAUCCAACAGAUAAAGAAGGCUGGAAUGAAGGUGGGUGUGGGAGUAAAACCAAACACGCCUGUGGAGUCUGUACUGCCACUUGUAGACCUAGUUGAUAUGGUGCUUAUCAUGACAGUAGAACCAGGGUUUGGAGGACAGAAGUUCAUGGCAGAUAUGAUGCCAAAGGUACUAAAUAUUGUAUGGUAUAUUUCAAAGGUUAUGCCUUAAUGCAUAAUUUAUUCAUGUGCAUGUGAAAUGUGACAGUGCAGUAAUCAUCUUGUCAUCUUGGACUAGAAAAAUUGUAUCUAGUAUAAUCCACACAAAAAUGCUGGCUACCCACAGAAAAUAAUAUUUUUAGAGUCUGCAUGAUAAUAACAUACAAAGCAUUAAUGUUAUUAAUCCUAAUGCACUAUAUAUAUAUUUUAACACUUUUUGGAAAAAAUUAAAACAUAUCCUAUAAAUAAAGUGAAUGUGGGCAUAUAAAGGUACCACCCUCAUAGCUAAAAUUUCUUCCUCAGGUUGCUCAAAAUUUUUGUAACAUUUUUCCAGAUAACUGAUAAUAUUUCUUGAAUGAAAUGGGGCAGCUCCCUUCCCAUACAUACAUACCCCCCACACAUACACAGUCACAACUGUGACACUGGAGAGAUAUGCCUUUGGAACUACCGUUAUUUAUUAAUUGAUUUACGUGCCCAACCUUGAAUUAGUGUCCACCUCCAAUAAGCGCCCAUCUUGUGGGAGGAAAAGUUUAAAAUAAGUGCCCAGCCUCAAAUAUGUGGAUUGAUAGAGUAUCGUACUCACAUAUUUUGCAAUAAGUUAAUUGCUUGAUAUUUUACCAGCAUUACUUUGAUUCAUACGUUUACUAGUGUUUCUUCUGUUGCAUUGUUUUUCAAGGUCAAACAUCUAAGAACAAAGUACAAAAUAUUGGAUAUUGAAGUUGAUGGAGGAGUAGGAAUCCAAACAAUAGAAACAGCAGCUCAGGUAUCAAUCGAUACAUGAGUGUGAUUACAUAUAACUUGGUCACCUUCAAGGAAGCUCUCCAUUUGAGGGAUGUUCCGAAAGGUCAUGCACAAGUAGCCUGCGUUGCAGCUGGACUUGUCACUCAAGGCCCUGACAGUCUGCGAAGCAGGCUACACACAAGCAGCACAGAAAGGAAAUGCAUAAGUGAGGUGCUGGGAAAGCCCCUUUCUUGUGGAUUCACUCACGUAUCACCUUGCUCACACCUUGAAAUGGAUAGCUUGCUCAGUGGGGAAUGAGUUAGCUAGAAUAAUUGAUCAUUGCACAGGCACACCAAGAAUGACACAGAGCAAUAUCAUGUGGACAUGUUAACAUAUAGAUUAUUCACAAAAUGAAAAUGAUCUACAGCAAACUGUUCAGACAACAAACUUGCAGUUCAAUUCUCCUCUAGCUUUAUUACUGGACAAAAAAAUACUGUGAAUCUUCCAAAUUUGGUCAGGGUUAGCAUGUUUUGAUGAGUUAGCCAUGAGAUAUACAGUCAUGUAUUUUUAAUGAGUAAAAAUGUUUGUCAUAUCCUAACCUACUUUAACCUUUCUUUGUUUGUUAGGCUGGAGCCAACAUGAUUGUAUCCGGUAGUGCUGUGGUCAAAAGCGAUAAACCAAAAGAAGUAAUGGAUACUUUGAGGGAAGUAACAGAAAAGUGGAUAAAGAUCAACAGUAAAGCAAGUCAAUAACACAGAACAGUUAUACAAAAGUAGCGCUAGUCAUAACUGACAUCCUAGUCUAUUUUGCAAUGCAUGUCUGAGGACUUACACGUAAAAUGGCAUUCAUUUUGCUUUGACAGCAAAGUUCUAUUUAGUGUACAUCCUUUUUGAUAAGAGGAUUGUCAUAUUUAUCAUAUUUAAAAUUGCAGCAGGAGACAAUCCUGGCAGGUUACAGGGCCCGUUUAUUUAGGGCAUUCUCACUGCUGUAACCUCUCCUCAAGAUGAACACUACUGAGAGCAGUACCAAGAGUCUGUCUUAAAAGUGUCCACCUCUAAGAGGGUCAAACAAUAUAACUGAACUUGUAACAACAAGCAUCAACUCUAGGUUUUCCUUUAAGCUUUGUGCAAAUGGACGUCUAAAAGUUUGAGCAGUUUCAAACUUUGCGCAACAACUCCCAACAACAGGCAACAUGCAACAGGGUGUGCAAAUGGAUUCAACAUCCAACAAUGUUGGUAGUUGUUGGCCAACAAUGGUUUGCCCAUUUGCACGGGGCUUUAGAAAAAUGAGUACUGCUGAAGAGUUUUCAUUUGAAAGGUCACAUGGUAGAUUUUAUUCACAGAGGCAACAGUUAGCUGAUUGUACCCAAUGUCUUUACAUAACUUUUGGAGGAAAAGAGUGGGUAAUGCUUUUCAUGCUUGAUGGUUUCAGUCUGAACAUUUGACAACCUCUCUGGCAGUACUUAAGGUAACUGUAUUUUUUUGCAUAAAAUUUAGAGACAGUUAAAAGGGAUUUUCACUUUUAUGAUUCACUGCUGCAUCAUGGAACUGUAAAGUAAUUUAAAUAACUAGAAAGAACUCAAUUAACUGCAAGAAGAACACUCCUGAAAAGAUGCUGAGGGAGACAAUAUCGUAACAAUGAAAAAUUACAUUUUUGUAGCUGAUGAGAUAGAAAGUAAUAAUUUGUACACAAUCGUGUGUUCUUACAAAAUAAUCAUACAUGCAUCUUUUUGAGCUUCUUGCUUGGCCUACAUGCAAGGACAAUUUUGUUUGUACAGUUAUUUUCUGUCGUUAAGCAAAUAACGUUUUCUUU